CAGGGUUCGUGAGUCGCGAGGCAAACAAUACAUUAGUUUAGUGAAAAUACGCGUUUACAAUGUUUGUAUUCUUUUAUAUAUUUCAAUUUAUAAUUAUUUUUCAUAGCGAAGCUAUUAUUCUUCAAGUGAAUGAAUCCGAAUAUGACCGUAUGCCGGCAAUCUUCGACCUGGAGCCGUACCAUCCAUGCCUGCGUCGAGAGGACGGAGUCUACUGUCUACUUCGAGUAGACCUCCACGCUGAUGAAGAUAACGAGCUCAUGCAGCUUAUUCGUGGUUACUCGGAACAUACAGUGAAACAUUUUAAUUAUACAUAUUUGCAAAGGGGUGUUUGCGUGUCCACUACAUGCCGAGAUUUUAUGUCAAAUAAAACUGAAGUAAUAAGUAGAGUUGAUGACUUAGGAGGGAUCCUCGAGAGAUGCCUCAACGAGUCAUUGUUUAAACAGCACGGGCUGCAAGCGAAGCUAUCCACUGUAUACAACUGUGACAAACACAAUGACGAAAUUACAUACGAUACGUUAGAUUGGAUUGUGGCUUUUUGUUUUCUAAUAAUUUUAGCUAUUAACAUAACUGGAAGUUGUUAUGACUACUUCUAUCUGUCGAAAAUGGAAAAAAAUAAUAAAGAAAAUCGGUUUUUAUCAUCUUUCUCGGUAUUUCGAAAUUGGAAAUGGCUGACGGAGUACAGCGCCCCGGAACCGAGGAUGGAGAAACUGAAAGGAUUCCACUGUGUUAAGUGCAUACUAAUGUUUUUUAUAAUGUUUGACCACUGCGCGUGGAUAAAUGCCACAUUUACUAACUAUCCGUUGGAUUAUGAACGGUACUACGACACGUGGGGCUACCAGCUGGUGAACGGCGGGAUGAUGCUAGUUCAGAUAUUCUUCGUGCUAUCUGCCUUUAUCCUCGCCUACAAUCUGCUCCUGAAGAGCGAGAAGAUGCCUCUCACCUGGGCCAUCUAUCCUAAAAUUAUCUUACUAAGGAUUUGGAGGUUGAGCCCGGCGUACGCGGUGGUGCUGGCGUUCACCGCGAGCUGGCUGCGGCACGCGGGCGGCGGCGGGGGCCCGCUGUGGCAGCUGGCUGGCGGCAGCGUGGCCGGCGCCUGCCAGCGGUAUGCCUGGACACAUCUCCUGUACUUCAAUAACUACGUUGAAGAUAACAAGGCGUGUGCUCUUCAUACAUGGUACCUAGCGGCAGACUUCCAGUUGUUUGUGCUGGGUCUUGCAGUGAUGGUGGGAACGCGCGGACGCACAAGACAUGUGGCACUGUUUGUGCUGUUUCUUAUAGGCCUCCUUCUGCCGGCGUGGCAAGUCUGGCUGCAGGAUUUGGACGCCGUCGUACUAAAGAAACCAGAGUUCUACCGCAGCUUCCACAACCCGACAUUCCGCAAGAUGCACAUCUCGGGGCACGCCAACAUAGUGUGCUGCGUGUUCGGCCUCUCCACCGCCCUCCUCGUCUACCGAUUGCAGAGGAACAAAGUUGACUUAUCGAGGAAUAAGAUAUUAAAGCACCUGUGCUGGUUUGUGGUGCCGGGUGUAAUGGUGCUGUUAGCGUCGUGCGCGGUGUUCUACACGGCGGAGCGUGCGUCGCUGCUCACCAGGAUGACAGUGGCGGCGCUGCACCGGGUUGUCAUGGCAACCAUCUCCAGCUUCGUCAUCGUCGCCCUCGUGAUGAGGAUCAACAAGCCGAUCAGCCGCUUGUUGGAGUGGGGCGGGUGGGCGGUGCCGGGCCGGCUGUCGUACUGCGUGUACCUCGUCCACCUCAACAUGGUGCAUGUGCUGCUGGCGCGCAGGACUCAUCUCUCGCAAGUCUCCAUGUACAAUCUGGCGUUGAAUUUUGUGGGUGUGUACGGAUGGUCGCACGUGGUGGCGCUGAUGCUGCACCUGUUGGUGGAGGCGCCGACGUCGCGUCUGGUGCACGCGGCCACCACCGCACAUCACAAGACCGCGUGACACUUCCCCGCCAUAGACUUCAUAGAGUGAAUGGCGAUUAAGCUGAAGUUAUCUUUGCUUUUAGAUGGCGCUAUUCUUAAUCUUGAAGUGGAAUUAUUUUAUUUGUGUUUCUUUACUGAUUUAUUAAUCAAAUUGGAAUAAAUUAUAGGUUUCACGGUUAUAACAGAUUACAUGUCGUACGCGACUGCGUCCGCGCGCAAUUAAAAAAAAUGUAGUCUAU